AUGGUUAUUAAACUACCAGAUACGGCUAUUAAGCCACCAAGUACAGUUACUAAGCCGACAGAGAAUUCCUCACUGCCAAUGUCGCCGUUAAACGAGCGAGCUGAACUCGAACAACCGGGUGCGGUGCCAUUUGACCCAGAAAUACAAACUAAUUCGUGGUCGCCUUCACAGGUAUUUCAUAGUUUCCUUGAGAAACAGUUUCGUAGAAAAUUUUCAUAUGAACAAGUUUACGAUAUUUUAGAAGAGCAGGCAAUACCUGCAGUUGAUGUCCUUAUCGCUCCUACCCUUGAUCUUAGCGUGAUCAAUCAAAUUCCACAUCAAAACAAGAAAUUUGUUCAGGAGCGUGAUAAGAAACAGAGCGUUAUUCAACGCGCCAUGCUAAACGUUACGGGUCCUCUAUUUUCGCUUUAUGACCGACUUGAGAACAACAAUACAAUCAAUCCGUCAGAUUUAAAACUUGUGAUUGAACAGACCUUUUGUCUUUUAGGCUCCGCAACACACACAGCUGUCAAUUUUACGCCGGAAGAAAGCUCUGGCUUCU